UGUUGCUCUCACGCUAACGUGCGAGAUUCAGACCCAACUGCGCGGUCGCAUUCUGCCUCUACUUCCCCCCUCCCCCGCGGCCUGGCUUGAGAUGAGUGGAAGAUGUCGGUUUCGGGGCUGAAGGCCGAAUUGAAGUUUUUGGAGUCAAUUUUUGACCCAAAUCACGAACGAUUCAGAAUCAUUGACUGGAAGCCCGAUGAGCUUAGUUGUCAGUUCAAUGUAACAGGGGAAAAGCUGCUGAUAAUACACUGCAACAUCACGGAGUCCUAUCCUUCAACAUCCCCGAUAUGGUUUGUUGACUCUGAUGAUCCAAGUCUUGCAGAAGUGUUGGAGCGCUUGGAGGACGUAAGGAAAGGCAGCUCUUUGCUCCUUCAGCAGCUUAAGCGACUCAUAUGCGACCUCUGUCGCCUGUACAACCUGCCUCAACAUCCUGAUGUAGAGAUGCUUGAUCAGCCUCUACCAGCCGGGCCCAUCAACCCAGAGCGCAAGCACGGGCCUGCAGAUGAGGUGACAUCUGAAGAGGAGGAGGAAGAAGAGAUGGGAGAGCAGGACAUCGAGGAUCUCGACCAUUAUGAGAUGAAAGAGGAGGAGCCUGUAGAUGGAAAGAAGUCAGAGGACGAUGGAAUAGAGAAGGAAAAUCUGGCCAUCUUGGAGAAGAUUCGUAAAAACCAGAGGCAGGACCACUUGAACGUAAGUGCUCAUUCGGGUGCAGUCUCUGGUUCAGUCCAAGCCUCUGAUCGUCUUAUGAAGGAACUCCGGGAGAUCUACAGAUCACAGAGUUAUAAGACAGGUAUUUAUUCAGUGGAACUAGUCAGUGACAGCCUAUAUGAGUGGCAUGUCAAAAUAAGGACGGUAGACCCAGACAGUCCCCUGCAUAGUGACUUGCUGGUCUUAAAAGAGAAGGAAGGCGUGGACUACAUUCUACUAAAUUUUGCAUAUAAAGAUAAUUUUCCUUUUGAUCCACCUUUUGUACGAGUAGUUUCACCUGUGCUCUCUGGAGGUUAUGUCCUUGGUGGGGGAGCCUUGUGUAUGGAACUGCUCACAAAACAGGGAUGGAGCAGUGCCUAUUCCAUAGAGUCUGUUAUCAUGCAGAUUAAUGCUACCCUAGUCAAGGGAAAAGCCAGAGUGCAGUUUGGAGCCAAUAAGAAUCAGUACAAUCUUGCAAGAGCACAACAGUCGUACAAAUCCCUUGUGCAGAUUCAUGAAAAGAAUGGCUGGUACACACCUCCUAAAGAGGAUGGAUAAGAAGCCACUUCCUUAAUGCACUGGGAACAUGUCUGGGUCAAAAGCUCCUUUUAUUUUUUCUUCUUUUUUUUGUGAACUUUUUUUUUGUGAACUUUUGACUAACUGGGAGUAUAUCAUCGUACUCAUGGAAACCUUCUGACAAAUCCUUCCAUCUUGUUGACUCAGUAGACUCAUUUGGCUGUACCACUGUGGGAAAGAGACUCCUGC